UUCAUUAAUAUAAUAUAAUAAUAAUAAAAUAGAGAGUUAAUAUUAUUAAAAAGAAUAAACAAAGUACACGAAGAAGAAGAAAAGGCAAUAAAUGACCUGUUCAUCUUGUUCCCUUCAUGCUCCUACUUCAUCUUUCUCACUGUUCUUCACUUCCAGAAGAAGCAGAGGCAGAGAUAUGAGUUGUCCGAAUUUGCUGCUUUCUAAUCCCAGAAAGCAUGCUACUUUACGACUCUCCAAAAUUUCCGGUCACACAACUGAAUUGUUAGAGAUUCAAUCUGAUAAACCCACCUUUCAUGUUCUCUUUAUCCCUGGAAACCCAGGUGUUGUUUCGUUUUACAAGGAUUUCUUGGAAUCCCUGUAUGAGUUGCUUGGUGGAAGUGCUUCUGUUACAGCUAUUGGGCACAUAUCUCACACUGAAAAGAAUUGGGAGCACGGGAAGUUGUUCUCAUUACAAGAUCAAAUUGAUCAUAAGGUGGAUUUCAUCAAGCAGGAACUGCAAAAUAAUGAACUUCCUAUAGUACUGGUUGGGCACUCUAUUGGUUCCUACAUGUCACUUGAAAUACUAAGGUUUCUAGAGAAGGUUACAUAUUUUAUAGGACUAUACCCUUUUUUAAUGUUGAAUCCACUAUCAAAGCAACAGUCUAAUAUCGAGAAUGUCGCAGAGUCCUCCAUUUUGUCUGCUUUACUUAGUUUCAGUGUAGCAUCCUUGGGGUUGCUACCUCAGUGCACUUUAAGGUUUAUUCUGUCAAAAUCUCUUGGGAGUUCAUGGUCUGAUACUGCUAUUGAUGCUGCUUGUAGUCACUUGCUGCAGUACCAUACCAUCCGAAACAUGCUUUACAUGGCAUUGAUGGAAUUCAGAAAGCUUUCAGAAAUGCCAGAUUGGGCUUUCAUGAGAGAGAAUCACGAGAAAAUUGCUUUCUUAUUUGGUGUUGAUGACCACUGGGGUCCGCUGCAAAUGUUUGAAGAGAUUUCGAAGCAGGUUCCUGGUAUUUCUCUAUCAAUUGAAAGGGAAGGCCAUACUCAUAGUUUCUGUUGCACUGAGGCUGGCUCGGAAUGGGUUGCCCACCAUGUAGCGAGCUUGAUUAAGAAAAAAUUACCAAGCUGAGGUAAAAAGGUCAACUGCCUUUUCAUUUUUCUGAUUUCCAGUCAUCUAUCGUCCCUGAUUUACAGGGAAGUUGGACAGCUGAUCGCACUGACUCCCAUUCUUUUAUAGUUUCAUUUCAAAUUAAGUUAAUAUCCCCUCGAGGAUUGUUGUAUCUUUCUCUCUGCUCUUUUUUCUCCCCCAUCUUUGGCUCUCUGGUGUUUUUGGAAAUAAUUCAAUGAAGGGAGGUCGCUUGCUAAUGCAAA